AUGUCAAAGAAUUUUAGUCCAGAAUUGGAGCAAAGAAUCGCGGAAUGGCUUCAAUGGGAUCAGAAUCCGAAAACAUUGGAUGAGAUCAAGAAACUGGUUGAUAGCAAACAAACAGAAAAACUGUCCAAACUUUUGCUGAACCGCUUAGAGUUCGGAACGGCUGGCAUUAGGGGUCAAAUGAUGGCCGGAUUUGGAGCUAUGAAUGAUUUAGUACUCAUUCAGACAUCUCAGGGUUUGGCUAAAUAUCUGCUCCAAAUCGGUGACUCCUCCAAAGACAAAGGGGUUGUCAUUGGUUUUGAUGGCAGACAUAAUUCGUUGCGUUUCGCGCAGUUGUCUGCAAAUGCCUUCCUAUCCCUCGGAAUCAAAGUACAUCUCUUCUCGGCUAUAGUGCCGACGCCUUUUGUGGCCUUCGCUACCAAAGUGUUGUCUGCAACUGCGGGAGUUAUGGUGACGGCCUCUCAUAACCCGAAGGAUGAUAACGGAUAUAAAGUGUUCUUUUCAAACGGCGCCCAAAUCACGUCACCACAUGACAAGAAUAUCCAGAAGAAUAUUAUGGAAAACCUGAAGCCAUGGGAUGGGGUUUGGGUUAAUAACCCGCGAAAUAGCAACAAAUGUAGCGAUCCUUUAGAAGUGAUUUCAAAAAAUUAUUUCUCGAUAAUUGAGUCGAAAAUAUUCAAUAAGAGAGCGAUCGCUGAAUCCACUCUGAGAGUAACCUAUACGCCGAUCCAUGGGGUCGGACACGUCUACCUGACUGAAGGGCUCAAAGUGUGCGGUUUUAAGCAUUAUUUCCCAGUUGAGAGUCAGAUGAAACCCGAUCCCGACUUCUCGACCGUUACGUUCCCUAAUCCAGAGGAAGGCAAAGGAGUUUUGGACGAGUCGUUUAAAACAGCGGCCGCAUCCAAGUCUACAAUAGUGAUAGCCAACGAUCCGGACAGUGACCGGUGCGCUGUGGCUGAAUACCAGCCCCAAGAGUCCAAAUGGCGAAUAUUCUCAGGCAAUGAGAUCGGAGCGCUGUUAGGCUGGUGGCAGUGGUAUAAGCAUAAGACACAGAAAGGCGGUGCACCCGCUCAGGACUGUUACAUGAUAUCAUCCACUGUCAGCUCAAAGAUACUGCAAUCGAUGGCCAAAAUUGAAGGCUUUAAUUGGUUGGAGACACUGACCGGCUUUAAAUGGAUGGGCAAUAAAGCGGACGAAUUAAGUAAACAGGGAAAAACUACUUUGUUUGCCUUCGAGGAGGCCAUUGGCUUUAUGGUGGGCACCACUGUCAUCGACAAGGAUGGUAUCAGUGCUGGUCUCGAUGUCUUACAAUUGGCUGUAUAUCUGGAAAGCGAGCGAAAGUGCAAUUUAUCACAACAUUUGAAUUACAUUUACACCACAUAUGGCUAUCACUUCAGUUUAAAUUCAUAUUAUAUUUGUUACGAUAAGGAUGUGAUUAAAAGCAUUUUCGAUCGGUUGGCUAAUUUCAAUGGACCCAAAACUUAUCCGUCCAAAAUCGGUUCCUAUGAAAUAGCUAGGGUUCGGGAUCUAAACCGCGGUUACGAUUCCUCAACACCUGAUAAUAAACCCGUGUUGCCCACCAGUUCGUCAUCAUAUAUGUUGACAUUUUAUUUCAAGAAUGGCUUCGUGUUGACCAUCAGAACGAGUGGAACUGAACCUAAAAUUAAAUACUAUUCAGAAGCCAUCGCACCGCCAGAAAACAAGAAUUGGUCACAAAUAGAGCAAGAAUUACACGAUUUAAUCAAUCAAAUGAUUGCCGUCUGUUUAGAGCCCGAGAAGAAUGGCAUUAAACCAAAACAGGACUAAAUUCCGUAAAUACCGGAGUAUUUUUGACUAAAAUUUCAUAUUUUUCUAAUCGCUUUGUAU